AUGGCUUUGCGCAAGGAGUACAGAAUGAUGACAGACAACGAGAGGAACAGAUGGAACAACGCAAUUAUUCAGCUGAAACGUAGUGGGGAAUAUGAUCGUCUGAGUGUUAUGCACCGACAGGUCGGUUCAUCGUCAGGAGCUCACUCUGGACCGGGUUUCCUCCCAUGGCAUCGUGAAUACAUGAAAAGGCUUGAAAUCGCCGUUCGCAUGAUUGAUCCUGGAAUUGCUAUGCCUUACUGGGACUCAGUGAUGGACUCAUAUCUACCUGAUCCACGUGAUUCUAUCAUGUUUUCUCCAAUGUUCAUGGGAGAAAUGGAUGGCGCUGGACAGGUAGUUCGAGGACCAUUCGCUGGAUUUAGGACUCUUGAAGGACGACCUAAUAUCCUAAGACGCCUGGCCACCGAAGGAAAACUUUUCACCGAGGCUAACAUCAAUAAUCUACUGAAUCAGAACGAAAUCCAAAACGUUCUUGCCUACACUGCUCCACAAAAUGGAUGCCCAUUCCGACCAUACUUUGGAGCCUUGGAAUACACGCACUCCUCUGUUCAUCUAUGGAUCGGCGGUGACAUGAAGCCACCCAGUACUUCUGCCAACGAUCCCAUCUUCUUUUUGCACCACUGCUUUGUCGACUUCAUCUGGGAAAUGUGGAGACAAACUCGACAAAAUCGAUUUGCACGUGAAACUGCCUACCCACCAGACAUCGGCACCUGUGCCAAUUCUCAGCACUUCAGUUAUGCUCAAAUGAGACCGUGGGACAAACAGAACCGUGACGGUUUAUCCAAUGAAUACACGGACUACCUCUACACAUACGCGGCAAGACCUACUUGUUCGAUGCAGAAUCCCAACUGUGGUUCUCCGUAUCUGUUCUGUGACACUCGGAGGAAACCCACAUUGCGUAGCCAAGGUAGGAUUGCACAGCAGAAAGCCAUAAAGGCCGAAGAGCCCAACGUUGUGUCAAGGAAAGGUCUUCUAGGUUCAAACCAAAUGGUCUUUGCCGUGGAUUUGAAGGUCUGGACUCGUGCUGGAGUGGAGUGUGCGUGGCCGGCUGGUGCCGUCCCGGGCAGCAGCAGCAGCAAUUCCAAUCGACAGCACAAUUUGCUCAACCCACAGCCACCCAGAGACGGCAAACGACACCUGCGCCCACGUCGAUACGACCUUUGCAACCGGUUCCAUUUGCAAACGUCAACUGCUACAAUGAUGACCCCUGUUGUGACGCUUGGGCAAGGCAAGGCGAAUGUUGUCACGACCGACAUCUCUCAUGUGCAUUUUGGCGUGCACAGAAUUACUGUACACGACGACGUCAAUGGAUGGCCGAAAAUUGUCAGCGCUGUGGUUAGGUGUAACAUGGACCGGCAACAACUCUGCGCUUCGGUAGCAUUUAAUAGUGCCCGACUGUAA